GAAGGCGGAAGUGAGAAGGGCUAGCUAGCUAUGCUAUAUUUUCCCUCUUCCACCUAACAUGACCACUUUAUUCUCUUUUUAUCAUAAACUUAAAAGGUUUUUUCUCGUAAAUGUACAACUUUAUUCUCAAAAUCUCAGACCAUUUUUUUUUCAACGUGGCCCCAAGUGAGUCAUCUGUUAAAAAAUGUUUUCAUACAAACAGGAAAUGCAGACCAAAAAAAAAACAACUUUCUAUUCCCAUCUCCUGUUGCACGUUGACUUUUCUGCCCUCUAGUGGCCAGUUGGCGGCACAGCAGACAUAUUUUCCCCCAAAUUACAAAAGUAUUAGAAAAUAAAUAAAGGAAAACAGAGUAUGCGUUCAAAAGUCAAAUGUUUAGCCUCAUUUGUCCUUGUCAGGGGUAGUCAUUGAACAGUUGUGGUUGUGUACAAGCGCAUGACAUCACCCUGAGAGCUGUUUCUUUAUCUUUGUGAGGGUCAUAUUAUUAAAAGCAGCUCUCAGGAUGCAGUAUGAGGAAGUGCGUGCCACACCUCGCCAUGUUUAUUCAGGGCUACAUAUGAGCAAGAAGGAGAGGAGGGAGAGAAGCAACACCUUUGGACACUUUUGACCGCGCCACUCACCCGCAAAGAUGGCAGGAUGCUGCGUGUCGGCAGAGGCCAUGGAGAAGCAGCGCAUCAACGAGGAGAUCGAGAAGCAGCUGAGGAGAGACAAGAAGGACUCUAGCAGGGAGCUCAAGCUGCUCCUCUUAGGCACAGGCGAGAGCGGGAAGAGCACCUUCAUCAAACAAAUGAGGAUCAUCCACGGGGGGGGCUACAGCAAGGAGGACAAGAGGACCUACGCCAAGCUGGUCUACCAGAACAUCUACACGUCCAUGCAGACCAUGCUGAGGGCCAUGCACACUCUGCACCUGCCUUUUGCUCACACACACAACCAGAACAGCGCCAUCAUGAUCCUGGAGGUGGAGGUGGACAAGGUGGAGGACUUGGACCAGAACCACGUGGAGGCCAUCAGGAGUCUGUGGACGGACGCCGGCGUGCGGGAAUGCUACGACCGCCGGCGGGAAUACCAGCUGUCUGACGCCACCAAAUAUUAUUUGACGGAACUGGACCGGAUCGCACAGCCCUCCUAUGUACCCAAUCUCCAGGACAUCCUGCGGGUGCGGGUUCCCACCACGGGAAUCAUCGAGUACCCCUUUGACCUGGAGAGCGUCAUCUUCAGGAUGGUGGACGUUGGGGGUCAAAGAUCAGAGCGCAGGAAGUGGAUCCACUGCUUCGAGAACGUCACCUCCAUCAUCUUCCUGGUGGCGCUCAGCGAGUACGACCAGGUUCUGGUGGAGUGCGACAACGAGAACCGCAUGGAGGAGAGCAAGGCGCUUUUUAAGACCAUCAUCACGUACUCGUGGUUCCAGCGCUCCUCCGUCAUCCUCUUCCUCAACAAGACGGACAUCCUCAAGGAGAAGAUCAUGCACUCCCACCUGGCAGACUACUUUCCCCAAUUCACUGGCCCUCGUCAGGACGCGGUGUCCGCCCGGGAGUUCAUCCUAAAGAUGUACCAGGAGCAAAACACGGACAAGGACAAGACGCUCUAUCCUCACUUCACCUGCGCUACGGACACGGAAAACAUUCGCUUUGUCUUUGUGGCCAUCAAAGACACCAUCCUGAGACACAACCUCAAGGACUUCAACCUGGUCUGAAAGACAAAAACCUCACAACGGCACCACACUGGUUUUUAGGUUGUUAAAGGGAUAGUUGGGAUUUUUUUGACAUGAAGUUGUGUGACAUCCCCAUCAGCAGUGUAGUACAUCAACAGUGACCCCCAUGUCAUGUCAAAACAUCCCAACUAUCCCUUUAAGAUACAAGAAGAACAUGGCUAGUUAUCUUUCUUUACACAUUUUUAUAUUUAAUGAUAAUAAUAUAUGCUAGAAUGUGUAAUAAAAGAAAUCUUAUAUUUCAAAUAUAUAACGUAACACAAAGCAGGGGUGUCCAACGACACAUUCUGAAGCUAUAAUUUAACAAGAAAACUAAAAAAAACAGCAGUAAUUUCACAAGAAUAAAGUCAAAAUAUUAAGAGAAAAAAGUCAAUCCAACAAGAAAAAGUUGUAACUUUAUUAUUAUAACCUAACACCAUUUUAGCAGCAUAAGGUUGAAAUAUUAAAGAGAUUAUUUAAAAAAAUAAUGUUUAAUAAUAUUUUUUUCAUUGUUGUAAUAUGAAAAACAGGUUGGGGAAAAAGUUAUAACGUGAUGACAAUAAAGUCAAAAUAUUAUGGGAAUAAAGUCAAACGACAAGAAGAAAAUUUACGAGAAAAAUGCUGAAAUAGCUGGAACUUAAAAAAAAAAACAGCUGUAAUUUCACAAGAAUAAAGUCAAAAUAUUAAGAGAAAAGAGUCAUAAUCUAACAAUUAGUUGUAAAUUUCUUAUGAGGAAAAAUAACAUCAUUUUAGUAGCAUAAAGUUGAAAUAUUGAAGAUAUUUAAAAAAUAAUUUGUAGUAUUUUUUGCAUUGUAAUAUUAUGAUGUCAUCAAUAUUAUGUAAUAUUAUGAAAAAGAAAAAAACAAAUAAAAUUGUUGUAAAAAAAAAAAACGGGAAUAAAGUCAAACGACAAGAAGAAAAUUUACUAGAAAAAUGUUGAAAUAGCUGAAACAUUGAAAAAAAAACUGCUGAAAUUUUACCAGAAUAAAGUCAAAAUAUUAAAAGAAAAAAGUUGCAUCCCAACCAAAAAAAAAGUUUUUUUUUUUAAAUUUUGUGAGGGUUUUUGCAAUUUUACGAGAAUAAACUUGUAAUAUUAUGAGGAAUUUUAAUAGCAUACAGUUGAAUAUUAAACAAGUUGUAAUGUUAGUUAUACUAUGGAAAACAAACAAAACAUAUACAACAAUAAAGUUGUCAUUUUUUGGAAAACUUGGCUGGGGAGAAAAAGUUAUAAUAUGGGAAUAAAGUCAAAAUUUUAUACAAAUAAAGUCAGAAUAUUACAAAAACAAAAUUGACAAAAGAUUAUUUAGGAAGACAGUUGAAAUAUUGGGGGAAAAAAACAGCAAAAAGGGGGGAAAAAGAGCAAAGAGCGAAGUUGAUACUAAGUUUUUUUCACCAAGCUGAGAUGCAGUUUUUUCUUGAAAUAUAUAUAACUUCUUAGCAUAUCAUCCUUUCAUUUCUCGCUCGAUUUAUAAUUAGCGCCAUAAAUUAAAAAUGGAAAUGAAACCCCCUUCUGGAAACAAAAAAACAACAAAAAAAAUUGUAGCAAAUUCUCAAUUUUUUUAAAAAUCAUUUUUUCUGUAAAACAAAAUUUAAAACAUUUUUUUUAGGUUGUUAAAAAAAACAACAAAUUAAUGAAUCCCCACAUUUUUUGGGAGGGGGUUCUUUUAAUUGCAAGAGCAAAACAUUUUUAGUGUGUGUGUUUCUGACUAAGACAAAAAAAACAAAACCAAAAAUAUUUAAAGCACAAAUUUUUUAUUUUUACACAUGCUAUUUACAGUGUGUGAGCUACGGCAUUUAUUUAUGACUGUAGUGGGGGCCAGUACUUGAGGAAAUACGGGCCACUAAGAGGUUGUUUUCCUAUUGUGUUCAUGAUUUUACGAUGUUUAAAAAUAAGAAAUGUUGUUUUGUUUGUGUGAGCCCCUUCCUUGUUGAUGCCUGAUUAUUUAUUCCGCUUUCAAAUGAAUGAAUCCAGGUUUGUGCCUUGCUGAACAUCUCCACCAAUAAACAACUUUAUUUCUACCCAUUAUGGUGCAGUUUUGCGUCGACUCAGCAGCAAUAAAGCGGCGGGAAAGAGACGCUGAAGCACGCUAAUUAUUUAUUGAACAUAAUGAAUAAGCCACACUGCAAUGCACAACU